CCGGAUGCGGAGAAGCUGGGGCGGCGGCGCGGGAGGAAGAUGGACGCGGUGGAGCGGGCGCCCGCCGCCUCGGCGUCCAGCCCGCGGGGCCGGCCGGCGCGGGGCCGCCCCCCGAAGCUGCAGCGCAGCGCCCGCGGCGGCGCGGCCCGGGGCGCGGAGAAGCCGCCUCACCUGGCGGCGCUGGUGCUGGCGCGCGGCGGCAGCAAGGGCAUACCGCUGAAGAACAUCCGGCGCCUGGCCGGCGUCCCGCUCAUCGGCUGGGUGCUGCGCGCCGCGCUCGACUCGGGCGUCUUCCAGAGUGUGUGGGUUUCAACAGACCAUGAUGAAAUAGAGAAUAUAGCCAAGCAGUUUGGAGCCCAAGUGCACCGGAGAAGCUCAGAAACUUCCAAAGACAGCUCUACCUCCCUGGAUGCCAUUGUGGAGUUCCUUAAGUACCACAAUGAGGUGGACAUCGUGGGGAAUAUCCAGGCCACCUCGCCCUGCCUCCACCCCACGGACCUGCAGAAAGUGGCCGACAUGAUCCGGGAAGAGGGCUACGACUCGGUGUUCUCUGUGGUCAGGCGCCACCAGUUCCGAUGGAGCGAAAUCCAGAAAGGAGUUUGCGAGGUGACGGAGCCUCUGAACCUGAACCCGGCUAAGCGGCCUCGACGGCAGGACUGGAGUGGGGAGCUGUACGAGAACGGCUCCUUCUACUUCGCCAAGCGGCACCUGAUCGAAAUGGGCUACCUGCAGGGAGGGAAGAUGGCAUACUAUGAGAUGCGAGCCGAGCACAGCGUGGACAUAGACGUGGACAUUGACUGGCCCAUCGCCGAGCAGAGAGUGCUAAGAUACGGCUAUUUUGGCAAGGAGAAACUUAAGGAGAUAAAACUUUUGGUUUGCAAUAUCGAUGGGUGUCUCACCAACGGCCACGUGUAUGUAUCAGGAGACCAAAAAGAAAUCAUAUCUUAUGACGUAAAAGAUGCUAUUGGCAUAAGUUUGUUAAAGAAAAGUGGUAUCGAGGUGCGAUUCAUCUCAGAAAGGUCGUGCUCCAAGCAGACCCUGGCCUCAUUGAAGCUGGACUGCAAAAUGGAAAUCAGCAUAGCGGACAAGCUGGCGGUGGUGGACGAGUGGAGGAAGGAGAUGGGGUUGUGCUGGAAGCAAGUGGCUUAUCUCGGUAACGAAGUGUCCGAUGAGGAGUGCUUGAAGCGCGUGGGCCUUAGUGGGGUCCCUGCUGACGCCUGCUCCUCUGCCCAGAAGGCGGGGGGCUACAUUUGCAGGUGCAAUGGUGGCCGGGGGGCCAUCCGAGAGUUCGCAGAGCACAUCUUCCUUCUGAUGGAGAAGGUUACUAAUUCAUGCCAAAAAUAAGACACGUGUUUCCGCGUCCUCUGGGAAAGACAGAACACGGCUGCUCUUUUUGUUUUGUUUUGUUUUGCUUUUUGGCGCAGUCGGUUACAUGAUAUAAUGGUGCAGAAGGUGUGAUGUGAUUUAUGAUAGAUUUUCCCCGUUCCUCUCCAAUCAUCAUUCCCCAGCCUAUGAAAUAAUUGUGCCCCACGUCUCGUGAGAUAAUGAUUUCCGGAGUGACGGCAGUGUUUCUCAGAUUCUCAGUAAACACGUGUGACCUCACUCAACUUGACUGUGUAUCGCCCUGUGAAGCUGUGUCAUUGUGUGGUUUUCAUGACACCCGGGAGUUUUAUUUAUUUAUUGGAAGCAGCGAGUCCCUAGACACGCGCCCUUCCGUUCAUAAAUAAAAUCGCAUUUCACAA